CCGGACGGAGAUUAAAGAAUCUGGAGGCUGGGAUUGAAAGAAGCGAGAAAAUCUUAUUAGAUAACAGCAAGGUUUCAAACUGACAUGGGCAAAGAAGUCUUGUAAGAUGUUUCUUCAUCACAGAGAAAGGGAGCAGCCUAUCUUCAGCACUCGUGCCCAUGUUUUCCAGAUUGAUCCCACCACCAAGAGGAACUGGAUCCCUGCAAGCAAACAUGCUGUCACAGUGUCCUUCUUCUAUGAUGCCAACCUCAACACCUAUCGGAUCAUUAGUGUGGGUGGAACCAAAGCAAUCAUCAACUGCACCAUCACACCUAGCAUGACAUUCACUAAGACGUCCCAGAAGUUUGGUCAGUGGGCUGACAGCAGGGCCACCAUCAUCUAUGGACUGGGUUUUUCCACUGAACAGCAGUUGCACCAGUUUGCAGAGAAGUUCAAGGAGAUUAAGGAUGCUGUUCGUCUGGCACGAGAAAAAUCCCAGGACAAAGAACUGGUCAAUGUUGCACUCACUAUUGCUGCACCUCAGUUCUCACAGGAUCUCUCGGAUGACCUCCAGUCUCCACCAGUAAUGUGUGUGAAUGGACCAGAGGACAAGCUGUUCCGCAGCCAGAGUGCAGACGUCACCCUUUCUGCUGAGAAGGAGAGGAUGAAGAAGAUGCUUUCAGAAGGAUCUAUUUGUGAGAUGAACCUGGAAGUUGAGUUCUUCGCUCUGCAGGACAGUAACACAAAGCUGGUGGCAGCUUUGAAUGAGGCUAAUGCUAAUGUGGAGCAAUGGAAGAAACAGCUGACUGCGUACCAGGAAGAAACCGACAGACUCAGAGAACAGGUGGCUGAACUAGAAGCCCAUGGAGGCCACGGACCCAGUGAUCUGCUGAAGGAUGAACUAACUCAGUCGCUGGAGGAGCUGGAGGCGUUGCUGAAGGCCAAGGAUAAGGAGAUCCACAUUUUGCAAAGCAAGAAAUCAGAGUACAACAAAAUAAAACAUGAGAGAGAUGAAGCCAUCCAUAGAUUAACG